CAUGACUUGUGAAAUCUGUGGUGAGGAGAUAUUGUUGGAGGAAGACAUGAAGACACAUCUUUUUCUUUGCCACCUAGAAAAUGAUCUGCACUGUCCCAUCCAUACUAUGUCAGGAGUUGAUAAUGCUGAACUCUGUUUCCACAAUACUUCUGCAUAUCCUGGAGAGCAGCAAAUACUCCAAGACCCAACUCACCACCCAUGUAGUUCAGCUUUAUCUGAGAGGACAAAAGCAAGUAGAAGUGAAGCCAAGGAGUCCCAAACCUGUCAGUCCCUAGGAGCUGUUGAUAAAGCAGGACAGCUUACAUCUAACUUUGGCUCUGCUGUUAACACAGAGCAUCAGUUUUCAUCACCUGGAGACUAUGCAAACUCCACUGCAGCCUCAAAAACACAGGUUGCUGAAAUCUCAGAACAAAGUAAUGCAAAUGUCCUGAAAGAAGAACUUCACCAAACCCAGCCUUUAUCAGCAGAGAAACUGUUCUCCUGCCCCAUGUGUCCACUGGUCUACAGAUGCGACUUUCUCCUCCAGGAACAUGUUGAGCUGCAUCUUUUGGAACAGCACUCAGGAGAGAGGUCAUUCCAGUGUCCAAUGUGCUCAUCUGUCUACAGCAACAGCUUCUGUCUGCAGGAACAUGUAGAACUGCACUUUGACCAUGAACUGUCCAGGGACCAAUCAGGAAGUUCUCACUCUGACCUAAUGCUGGCAAAAGAACUUCAACACAAAGAGGAGCUAAAGCGAAAGCAGGAGGAGGCUCAGCUGGAGAGACAGGAGUUCAAGAAGCUGCAGAGGCAGUUUGGUUUGGAUGGCAGAGGUGGUUAUCGCCGCCAGAUGGAGAGGAGCAUGGAGAGAGCUGUGGCCAGCGGCCAUCUGACACCAGUCGAUUUUCAUCUGAAGAAAGCUGAUAUGAUGGCGUCUCUGGCCUCAGGGGUCGAUGAUGGCUCAAGCAAGACCCAGGGGGUCAUCAGGGCAUUGGAAGAUUAUUACCAAACUGAAUGCAGAGACAGUGUUCAUGUGUGGCUGGCUGUUGACACUGACCACUACAGCUCAUCUGCAGGCGAUGAGGGCUGGGGUUGUGGAUACAGAAAUUUCCAGAUGCUUCUAUCGUCCCUGCACAGAAUAGACACAUAUUCUUCAGUUGUACAAGAAAAGACAAUACCUAGUAUUCCUCGGGUGCAGAGAAUGAUUGAAGAAGCCUGGAAGGAAGGGCUUGAUCCCCAAGGAGCGUCACACUUCAGUAAGCGGCUGCAGAGAACACAGGCUUGGAUUGGAGCCACAGAGAUAUACGUCCUCCUCACCUCACUUGGAAUCAGUGCUCGCAUCAUAGAUUUCCACCAGCCAACUGGCUGCAAGAAUACCCAUCCCCAUUUGUUUGACUGGAUCAAGCAGUACUUCUGUCAGUCUAGUGAGAGCAGCAGUCUGUCCCCCCGACUCAUCCUGACCCACCUACCCCCACUUUACCUACAACAUCAAGGUCACAGCCGAACAGUAGUUGGUUUGGAACAGAGGAAGAAUGGCAGCCUGUGCCUCCUGCUUUUGGAUCCUGGCUCUUCAUCAUCUGACACCAGGAAGCUGCUGAGCAGGGAGACGCGUCUGACUGCUGUUCAGUUUGUCAGAAAGUUCCCCAGAAAUCUAAAGCACAAACAGUACCAGCUCAUAGCAGUACAAGGCGUGUUGUCUCCUGAAGAGAAACAGAUAAGAAUCUUCAACUCCAGAAAAUUAUCUGCUGAAAGGAUUCCAUGAAUGCAAAUGUUUUUUUCCAUAUACUAUAAUUGAUAGACUACAAAAUUUAUGUCCAAUUUUAAACUUUCUAAAUAAACAGUUUGAUUUUUUGCAGUCUUA